CCCUGUGUUUGCGCCUGCUCAAGAGCGGUGUCGCCUAAAGAUGCACUGCGCAAGCGCACGCAUGCGAAGGAUGCACAGCACAGGGCGGUUGGCGACAAAAUGGACUCCGGCCUGAUUCUUCAGAAGGUGUCGGCAUUGCAGGCUUGUAUCCGGGGCUUCUUGGUCCGACGUCAAUUCCAGAGCCUUCGAGCUGAGUAUGAAGCAAUUGUACAGGAGAUCGAGGGUGACCUCAGCACACUUCGGUGGACUGGGGGCUGGAUUCCCAAGCCCAUAUUUCUCCCAGAGGCAAAAUCUCAUUGCUCCUGGAAAGCAGAGAAAAUACCAAACCCAGAGCAGAAACUUUGGAGCCAUUUCCCAUGUAAAGACUCUGAGAAAGAUGUCAUCUUGGAGGAGAUGGUGUUGAAGACAGGAGGGAGCCCAGAAAAACCAGGAAGUCUUUGCUCUUGGCUUCAGACUGAACAGGGCAGGAGAGCCAGCCAGGAGAAGACCAGAGAUAUCUCCAUGUCCGAGGUGGACAAUGCAGAAGUCAUAGAUCUGAGACUGUCCCAGAGACAACAUGAGCUCCAGGACCAGCGCAACCAUUUGGCCAUGGAGCUGCUGUGGCUACAACAGGCCAUCAACAGCCGGAAGGAGUACCUCAUUCUCAAGCAAACACUGAGAUCCCCAGAAGCAAGCCAGACCAGAGACAAUCCUGACACAUGCCUGGACCACAGGGGACAGACCUGUGGGAAGACCUGGCUGCAGUCCAACUGCCUCCUUAAGGACCAGUUGUGUAGGGACGGGACCGUAGGAGAGCCGCACUCCGCAGAUGACUCCUGCCGCAAGGGCAGAUCGCAGCCCCAGAAGCCCCUGUACAGACUAGCCAGUACAGGCAAAGACACAGUUGGGGCUAAGGGCAGGGAACUGUGCUACAGGAAGGCUGGACCACAGCUACCUGCAGCAUUAGACAGCCAGGCCGGAGGGGACAGGGCCACCAAAGGGCCAGAUCAUGGAGGACAGGCCUUUAAUGAAACCUGCCUACAGCAGUUGAAUCUCCUAGAGGAUCAGACCCUUGGGGACCCCAAGUCUUGGAGUCCUUGUUCUACAAAGGCCAUGACACAGCUGCCCCCCCUCUGUGGAAAUCCAAAUACUGUGGACACAUACCCUGGAAAGCCGAGUUACAGAGAGGCUGACUGCCAAAGAGCUAGGCCACAUGAUUUGAGCAUCUCAGAAGGCCACGUGCUUUGGGAUGGGACAUCUGCAGGGCUGGAACAUGGUAGCCUGGAUCUCAGAAGGACUAAGCCACCCAAGAGCCAGCACCCCAAUGCUAGGAGUUCCAGCCAUGGAACUACCAGUGAGCUUAGUGAGGAAGGGUGGGAAAACCAGAGGACUCUGCUGUGGAGAUGAAGAUCUUGUCUUCCCCAAGAGAGGAUCAGUGGACGAGCAGAUCACAAAAACAGGACCAUCAGGCAAGACCCGAGGAUCCAGAAGAGUAGGUUCCCAAAGGGGGUGCUAUGAAAAGGCGAUAAGGGACCUGGUUCCACCUCUGUCUCCUGCCCUUGCUCCUGGCCAUUGGUAGCUGUCAGGCCAAGCUGCAGGAUGGUGCUGGCACAGUAGGGGGGAAAAGGGCCAAAUUUCACCUUCCCUUGGGGUAAGGAAGGUGGGAGGAUUGUGGAGAAUAAAUGUUUUUCUUGGUUA